AUGUCUACAGAUGUCGAUAAUAAAGUUUUAUCUAUAUUAGAAGACAUAAAGAAAACUAAUAGCAAUGAUGAUAAAAGUUCAGUUGUUACCCUAAGCACAGACACGUUCGAUGAAAAGGAUAAUAAAAAAGAUAAGAAAGAUGAAAUAAGAGGAAAACCAAAGUCAGGACGAUUUUGGAAGUCUAAGAAAGAAAGAUUUUCAACUAUUGUAAAAACAAAAGGGAUAAGGCCUGAUUUCCAAAGGAAAACUUCUUUGAGAAUAGAACUUAAAAGAACAAAAGAUUUAUCUAAGCAAAUCCUUGAACAAAUCAAAGAAAAAGAACUGGCUAAAAAAGAAAGGAGACGGGAAAAUAUAAAAAGGGCAGAAGAAAACAAAAAGAAAUCAGAAGUAGUACAAGUUAUUACAAAUACUGCUAAGCUCAAGAGGAUGAAAAAGAAACAACUAAGGUUUAUUGAAAAGAGAGAUACUAAUAAUGCAAUUAAUAGUAAUAAA